CGGUCAUGUGAUCAGCUGUGUCCAAUCACAGCUGAUCACAUGGGACAUGUACACUGAUCAUCAGGGCACUGAUGAUCAGUGUGCCCUGAUGAUCAGUGAAGCCCCAGCAGCGCCACCUGUCAGUGUCCAUCAGAGCCUUCUGUCAGUGGCAGUGCCCAUCUGUGCCACAUAUCAGUGCCUACCACUGCACAUCAAUGCCACAUAGUGUCCAUCUGAGCUGCCUUUCAAUGUCACCCAUCAGUGCCCGUCAGUGCUGCCUAUCAGUGCCAUGUAUCAGUGCUGCCUUUCAAUGCCCAUCAGUGAUGCUUGUCAAUGCCCAUCAGUG